CUGAAAUGCUAAAACUGCAGGCCAUCAUUUUUCAGAGUGCCGUAAAAAGCCUAAGAAGAAAAAGACAAUGAAGGAAGAGGUCCAGAGAUUUGGAUUCGACGAGAGUGCUCAGGAGGCCUAUUUUAUGAGGUCCAAAUCGAGAGCGAUGGCGUCAAGGAUGAGAGUUUCAGACUUCCUACCAGUGAGGAACUUGAAGAAGAAAAACAGAGACCUCCUGAUCUUAGCAAUAUCCAAAGAAGCAUCUUUGAGGCAAAGCGGAGUCCCUCGCAAGGAUUAUGUUGACCAACUUAAGAGAGAUUUAGCUUUGUACUAUGGAUACAAUGAUUUCAUGAUUGAGAUGUUCAAGGUUGUUGAACUUAUGGAACUUAUUGUAGCCUUUGAAAAGCCUCGACCAAUAUGUAUACGAACAGACACAUUGAAGACACGUAGACGGGAUUUGGCUGUUAUGCUGCUGAACAGAGGUGUAAAUUUGGAUCAGCUUAUCAAAUGGUCAAAGGUUGGAUUGGUUGUAUAUGAUUCACAAGUACCAAUUGGUGCAACUCCUGAGCAUAUGGCUGGUCAUUACAUGUGCUGCACCUGGUGGAAAAACGAUGUAUAUUGCAGCACUUAUGAAAAACAGUGGUAUUGUUUAUGCAAAUGAGAUGAAAUAGCCAAGACUUAAAUCACUUGCUGCUAAUUUACAACGCAUGGGAGUGACAAAUACCAUCGUUUCUAACUACGAUGGGAGAGAGCUACCCAAAGUUAUAGGUCAAAACUCAGUUGAUAGGGUGUUAUUGGAUGCUCCUUGCAGUGGCACCCGGGUCAUAUCUAAGGAUGAGUCAGUGAAGGUUUCUAAAACUGCCGAGGACAUAUAGAAGAGUGCUCAUUUGCAGAAGGAAUUGUUCCUUGCUGCAAUUGAUAUGGUGGAUGCUAAUUCAAAAACUGGGGAAUAUGUUGUCUACUCAACCUGCUCCAUUCUGAUUGAUGAGACUUGUUAACUUUAGGCAGCACCGAUUUCAUCCAUCUUUAGACAAGACACGAUUCUAUCCUC